AUACUUCGGCGGAAUGGGAGCCUUCUGCAGUCGCAGUCCUAUGAGUUUUGGAGGAUGCCGGAUGCUGUGUAUUGAGAGUGGAUUUUGAGCACCUUUGAAUGAUAUGGUCUGUUGAAUUGGCAUCGAAUGAAGACAUUGGGCAUGGCUUCCUUUAAGCAGCAGAAGGUGGAGGAGUUUUAUGAAAUAGGAGAAGAACUGGGAAGUGGCCAGUUUGCUAUUGUGAAGAAGUGCAGUGAGAAAAGUGCCGGGGUUGAAUACGCAGCAAAGUUUAUUAAGAAACGGCAGGUCCGAGCCAGUCGCAGAGGAGUGAGGCGUGAGGAAAUUGAACGGGAGGUGAACAUCCUACAGCAGAUCCAGCACCCGAAUAUCAUCACCUUACACGAUGUCUAUGAGAACAAAACAGAUGUUGUCCUCAUUCUGGAAUUGGUCUCUGGAGGGGAACUCUUUGACUUUCUGGCUCAGAAGGAAUCUUUAAGUGAAGAAGAAGCAACAGCGUUUAUUAAACAAAUCCUAGAUGGUGUGAACUACCUCCAUUCCAAGAACAUCGCACACUUUGACCUCAAGCCAGAAAAUAUUAUGCUUCUCGAUAAGAUACCCGUGCCACACAUCAAGUUGAUAGACUUUGGCCUUGCUCACAAAAUUGAAGAUGGAAUUGAGUUUAAAAACAUCUUUGGGACUCCUGAAUUUGUUGCUCCAGAAAUUGUGAAUUAUGAACCUCUUGGACUACCUGCGGAUAUGUGGAGCAUAGGUGUUAUUACGUACAUUCUGUUAAGUGGAGCUUCCCCCUUCCUUGGAGAAACAAAACAGGAAACACUUGCCAACAUCUCCGCAAUGAAUUAUGAUUUUGAUGAAGAAUUCUUCAGCCACACAAGUGAUCUGGCAAAGGACUUCAUUAAAAACCUUCUGGUGAAAGAUACCAGGAAAAGGCUAAAUAUAAAAGGUGCUCUUUCACACCCGUGGAUAAUGCCAACAAACAAAUGUCAAGCUCUCGUCAGGAGGGAAUCUGUUGUUAAUUUGGAAAACUUCAAGAAGUUGUACAUCAGGAGGAGGUGGAAGCUUACGUACAGGAUUGUUUCAUUUUGCAAUCAUUUGACUCGUUCAUUCCUUAAGAAAGAUUAUCUAAAGAAAGAAGAAACUCUGAGACCAUAUGAAAGUGACAAUGAAGGUGACGAUAUCAAGAGAAGAGUAUCCAGGCCAAGGAGACGCAGCAGCACGUCAUAAAGUGGUGUCUGAAGGUGUUGCGUUAAAGAGGGCAAUCCUGAGGGCAGGUCUGUCACUGCAUUGUGUGAGAAUUAACAAGCCUGAGCCUGCAUCAGAGAUACUUCUGCCAGUUGAUGUGUUGGGCCCAGUGAAUGGACAAAGCCACUUUUAGUAUACAGUUUGGAUUAAUUAUGGGAGAGUGUGCUACGAAGGGUUAUGCUUUCCUUAGUAAGGCACUUGGAAAAGAGAAGUGUGCAAUACAUUUUUUGAACAAUUUAUUGUAAAUUUUUUUUGUUUCUGUUUAGACCUACAUUUGUUAGGGUUUUUAAAGUCUGAUCUUGCUCUGAUAUUGCUCUUGUGAUCGUUCCAACACUCACGCCACAGGAACCGUGAGAGGCAGUUUACUGCCAACGUGAAGGGUCCUCAUUUCUGGAAUGCCACUGCGGAUGGUCCAGGUGGCAGUCGAACACGUGGCCAUGGAAAUGGGUCUGGGGGGAGGGGAAGAGAUAAAGAAAUGGAUUUUAUAAGGUUCUAUUAAGAGUAUACUGCUGUAACGGCCAUGGUAUCUCAUUGUGGGUGGGUGUUGGAAUAAUUCUGCUGUAAGAUAGUUACAUGCAUACUUGUGUUGCCUGCUGAGGCAGACGGAACUGCUGCCCAAGGCUAUAAAUAUAGAUCACAAAAUUCAUAGAAGGACAUGGUGAAAGGCAGGCAGAGAGACGCUUGGGUCAUAAUGACUGUCACUUGUUGCUACUAACAUUUAUUUUUAAAUAAUCAUAGCUUUAGAUGUUUUUAGAUUUUGGACUUUUUUUUAAAACGCAAUAUCAAUGAAACAACUGGUUUUAUUUGGUACAACAUAAUGCCUAUUGCAUAAGGUCUGAAAUAAUAGUCAUGUGAAAGUAAGAUAAACUAAUACUGGUAGGUAUAUAAUGUCACAGAUUGGCACAUUCAAAGUGUCGAACAGCAUGUUUUACAAAUGAGCGUUUGGACACUGUUACAGAUUUAUGGGUUAAAAUCUAGAUAAAGCUAAAGGAGUCAUCCUUAUUGGUAACCACGUGUGGUAAUUUACUGUUCGCCCAGGAUUUCAGUCACUGUAGUACCAUGCAAAAUCCUCAUGCCUGAUGUCUUACACAGUGAACUGUCAUUUCUGCCUCCUUUUAUUGAAAGAAACAGUCCUGCUGAGUUAAUAAUUAUCUGCAUCCAUCCACCUUAAUCUUAUAGGUGACACCUAUUAUACACAUUUUUAAAACUGAAUUAAAUAAAUAGGCUUUAUAUAAUUGCCUGACAACAAAAGGAGUUAACUGUACCCAAGUACUCCAUUAAGAUCGUGCCACUGAAGUGUACAGGUGUUGUUGUUUAUUCAAUAAGAAUGCACAUAGAGUGUAACCGUUAAACAAUGCAAAUUGUUCUGUGAAUCUCUAUACUCCACAAGUCUCUGUUGUAACUCAGGCAGGAUUAGUACAUGUCAGAUUGUCAGAAUUACUCUCCCUCCCUCAACAGUUGGGCUUUACCCAAAGCCUCUGCCUUUACUUAAUUCAAUCAAUGCCCCAAACACACAGCUUUUGCAUCAGAAAUCUUGGGUUGUAGGACAAUUUCCAAAUCAUUAGAAGUCAAAAAUGAAUGUGUCUCCUUAAGCAAUUGUGAAUUAAGUUUGUUAUUUUCAAAUACAUUUGUGCAAUUUAUUCUUAUUGAUUUAGGACUAUUUUCAGAAAAGUGAGAGGGUGAGAUCCCGUGAGAAAAUGAGCACAAAAUUUCUUUACUUUCCAAUUAUAUUUGCCAAAUUGUGUCAAC